UAAAAUGUAAUGUUUUAAGCUCGGCACGAUUAAAAUAAUGAAACAAUGUUAGCUUAAAAUAACUUUGGGAUUUUCCGUGUAGUUCGAUUUUCCUAUUCUAUUUUUACUAGUAUUCAUCGCUUUCAACAGUAGAUAAAAGCCGCGUAUAGAAGCCAGUGUGAAAGGUUUAUGGAGUAGAUUACGACGGCAGUUAAACAUCCUUCAGAAUAUCAAACUUCAUCAGUUGCGGACAUCAAGGUCAGCCACCUCGACUAAGUAUCCGCGAACCAGGAAAAGAGGGCUUAACCGAGCAACCGGCUUGAUCGUUACGCCAAAUUUCGCUAACCGGGAGUACAAACAGAGAGUACAUUUCGAGCACCAGCGUGGUGGUACCUCUGCAUCCGACUUGCAAUGGGUGCCUAGUGUUUGUUAUGUUGUCAGUUUCCGCUUACUUAACGAAGAACGAAGAAACCGAGAAAGCUCUGUCACUAAAGGCCUGAUUACUAGAACCGAGGCGUGUAUCGUUUCUUUGACAAAAGGCUGGGUUGAGUAAUAUGUGUGGGGUAUGGUAUCCUAGUGUCUGGAUACAUUUGCGAUGCAGGAGAAAAACAACGUUAAAGAACAUCUAGAGUUGAAGAAGUACCGUUACAUCAACACUUUGUUGACACAAGCUACGUGGAAAAAACUUAAAUGUCAUCAUAGAGUGUUGAACUAAUUGGAUGGAAUAAUUUUGAAUUAUGCAAGUAGGCAAUAAUUACAUUGGAGACGCCGUCCCAAUAUUUUUUAGUGUUAAGACACUUAACCGAUAGCACAUAUUAACUCUGCCCAUUUUCAUAAUAAGUAUGUACCUGACGGAGUUGAGUUUUAAUCGUUUAAACCUGACACUAUUUUAUUACAAUCCAUUCAAUUGAAUGCCUGCGCCUUCAAAUACCGAAGAUAUCAAUAGAAAUCAUCAGACCAUUCAGGUUUAUUUCAAUAGAUUGUGUAUUGGUAUAUUUUGAAUUGAAGCAUUGGGUAUUAUACUUGAAGUAUUGGUUUAAAUGAUUUGUUAAUAAUGUGGAGACGCGUGAAUCACUGCUAUUUAUUCAGGCAUUAAUUUGUUUGUUGUAUUAUUGAAUCAACUCUCAAGUUUAGGAAGCUAUCUGUAGAAGUUUAAACACAGUGUUGGCAGGGAAACUAGUGGACGACAUCUAAAAACUCUUGAUUAAACUAGCUACGUGGCGGUCCACAUGCCAUAUCAACACAAGUCGCGUGCGUUACUGCAGUUUUCAAACAUUCCGCGCCGAAGAACAACCUUACUGAUCGGUCAAGGGCACGCACUGUAUGGAUGGCUGAAAGUGGCACAAGACCUGAUGAACCGGAAAGAUUCCCAAGACAGGGCAGUGUGUCCAGCAAACAAGACCUGAUUCAGUGGGAAAAUACCUCCGUUGAGACAUGCACUAUACUGAGCUGGCUCGGUUACGGACAGGAGAUAAUACAGGCUCGGAGAGACGCAUAUCGGGAGUCAGGCAAGCUGUUAACUGCACGGGUAUGUGGAGCAGCCACGUAUAUUAUUACGGGUAGCAAAGGUGAGGGGCUGAGCAGCUUCUUGGAAAGUGAUGUGGAUAAACUGAUUGUAAAUAAUAGAGUAUUCUGUUUAGAAGAUGACGUAAAGUCAAGUGCCUUUCCUGGGGAGAUAACCGUGUUGAGAUCACUCAGCCGCAGGAGUUACCAUGGUCACUGUAGACUGCUACUGGAGAGACUCGGUACAACAAUUCACAGGCACGUACAUGAUGCGUUUUGUGAUGACGGAUAUGGUCGCGAACUUUUGAGCAGUGACUUGUUUGUUAAUAACUGGUCGAACGAACGCUUGGCUGAGGGCAUGGUGCAGCAUGAGCGUGCGGGACCGUCAAUUCCGAGUACAAUGAGUGGACACAUGCACAGUGACCAUGUACAUGCAUUACAUUACUACUGCCCCAACAUUCUGUCAAAAUGGGCCGCAAGACCUCGCCACUGGCCGCCACCGGAAGCCGUUCAGAGGGUCGUAUCACUUGGGGCAUUUCUUACGCCUGUUGGAUUUAAAGGAAGCGAAUAUCAACAUGUUGAAUGGAGAGUGUGUUUUAACGCCGGUGAGAUCGAACUAAUUAGCAAUCUUAACGACACUCAAACUAAAUUGUAUGUUUUAUUGAAAAUGAUAAAGAACGAUGUAUUACAUCCACGUAAGAAAGAAGUUUCAUCGUACACAUUGAAAAACAUCGUUUUAUGGAUGGCGGAAAAUAAUCCUCAAGCCUCGUUUCAUAAAAAAAGUAUUUUGCAGUGGUUGCACGAAGCAUUGGAUGCGCUUAGAGUUGCAUUGAUCACCUUAGAGCUACCAUACUAUAUGAUUCCAGAAAGGAAUUUGAUGGCAACCUCUGGACUGGAUAGGGAACAGCAACGCACAUGGAUAUCAACGAUUACAGAUAUGCUCAAUGAAGGUCCGAAGAUGAUACUUAGACUUCCAAAGAUACGAAAAGCUCUUAUUGCUCAUCCUGAACCAUUCCGAUGGUACAACGGGAGGAGAAUUGAGCUGGAGUUGCUGAUGCUCAUGUACAUGAACAGAGCGGUAAUCUGCAGAGAUGAGAACGGGAAGAUUGACUAUACCGAUGCGAUUUUGCAGGCAUUACAGAGACGAAUAGACGAGGUUUUAACGGAUGUUGGCGUGAGAAUGAGAAUGGAAGGGACUCGAGUUAUCAACGCGGAUGCUAUUUUUGAUAGAAUUUUGAUGUAAAACGUGAAUGAUGAUCAAUAGAUCAGUAACGAGGCGCGGACAACACUUAUUUAUAACUUUUGAGUACAUAUUAUCUUUAACGAAUCACCGAUCAUUGUUGCCAAGAACGUGAAAAUUAUACAACUUAUCGUAAUAGUGAUUUUUUAGUAAUUGAUGUUUGACUUGAACACGUUCGUUUCACUUCUUAAAAAUGUUCACAAUUUUACAAAAGAUUUGUUUACAGUAGACUGUAAACUUUACCGAAACAAUAAAUUUCGAUACACUUUAUUAAAAAAUGUCAAUCACAUAGAUAACAGUAGUUAAGUAAAGUAAUGUAAAGUAAUUUUGCUAUAUUGUAUAUAUCUUAACAAAAUAUGUACGUUUCGCGCUUGGAAACCAACGGUAUAAUUUCAAGUUAUGCAAAUAUUUCUUUUGAGAACUAAUAGUAGUAAUUCAUUUUGUCGACGUAUGUGGAAAUGUGACUUUUGUUUAUUUGCGUAUGCAUGUUAGGAAAUAAAGUGUAUUUGUGUCAUUUGUAUCUCAUCUUCUUAUCUAAAAGUUCACUUGGUUUAUGGUUGGUAUUGUUAACACAUUUGCACUGAAUGAAUAUAUGUGUUACUGGCAGUUACUGACAAUGUAUUGAUAAUGUUCUUGUUUUUCUUGUUGAAUAGAAACAUUGUUGUGAUUCGUCAUAUUGAUCAAAAAGUAUUGAACACAUGUUUGCACUAAUCGAUAAAAAUGGUGCAUAUCUGUGUUCAUUCCUAUUUUUAAAAUGUCUUCAAUUACGCUAUUGUUGCAUUCACAAAUAAGAAAUAAAGUACAGUUGUUUUAUGCAAAUUGAUUAAACUACUUCUCAUGUGAAUGUAUAAUUGCUCGUGUUUUUUACUGGACAAGUGAAUGUAAACUUUUAUUGAACACGGAUAAUCUGUUUUCAUCAAAACACAUAGUUUGUAUUGAAUCUAAAGAUACAAAGAUAUAUGUUAUAGUAUUGAUGUUUUUAUGCGAAAAUAUUUUCAUACAUGAUAAACGUAAUGGUUGAUUUUCUUUAAUCUAGUUAUACCGUUGAUCUCGUUUUGCUCUAAGCGUGUGUAUGCUUUUGUUAUUAUUUUUUUUGUUAGUUUUUUAGCGAGGCUGUUUUCGGAGAAAACCCGAGCUAUUGUCAUAGCCAGCUCGUCGUCCGCCGUCCGCCGAAGGCGUCGUGCUAAAACCUUAACAUUGGCCAUAGCUUUUUAAAUAUUGAAGCACCUUGAUAUUUUGUAUUCAUGUGUAUCUCAUGGAGCUGCACAUUUUGAGUGGUACAAUUUCAAGGUGAACAUCAUCCUUCAAGGUAUAGGGUCGAAAAAACAAAGUCAUGGGAAGUAAUAAGCUUUAAAUGGACAUAGUUAUCUGACCUGCCCACGUAUAUAUUUUUGCUAAAUUUAUCAAAGCGGCGCAGUAGGCGGCAUUGUGUUUUUGAAAAACAAAUUGUGGUAAAGGUCAAGGUCAAGGUCAUCCUUUACGGUCUAUGGUAACAAAUACAGAUUUAAAGGAAGCAAUAAGCUUUAAAAAGGGAGAAAAUUAUUCAAUAUUGAACAUAGCCACUUUAUUUAUUUGGCAUGCAUGUGUAUCUCAUGGAGCUGCACAUUUUGAGUGGUGAAUCUACAGUCACGGUAGUGGCUUUUAAUUAUUUGCUACUAAAAAUAUAGAUUUGUUACAGACAAUUAUUUUCAAGGGAAGUAAUUUAUAUAAUUAUAAAUCUCGUAUUAUAUAUUUCCUUACCAAUAAUUGAAGUUCUUUUCACAGUUACUGUACAGAGUUAUUAUUUUGAUUAUUUAUAACCCAAAUGAUUGAUUUGUCAAAGUUUUUUUUAAUGAUAUAAUUAUAAUUUCUUUGAUGUUCAUUACAUACCUGUGGACUGAUGUCCAUAGAUACAUGAUCAACUCUGGCUAUGAUACUUUUGCCUCAAUAUAAGAGCAUAUGAGUUUUUGAACGGCCGUGGACCAUCCAUGAACAGCUACACGGUGCUGAAGGACACUGUCCUUGGCUUGGUUAUAGGUCCACGGGCGUAGAUGUUAGUAGUUUUUGUAUUGUUCAGUAUCGGUUGGAUCGUGAGGGGCACUGUGGGAGAAAAAGGACAUGUUCUACCAUGGCAUUUGAAAUGGCAUUUAAUAAACACUGAUAUGUUCUGGUCACACGUAUAUGAUUGUUAAGCAUAAGCACAUUUUUGAAUUACAGUUCAUUAGAGGUAUCCAGUUAACAUCACUCUUACGCCAUUGACUACACGUAUGUUAUGGCCAUUAAACUGUUGAAUUUAUACUAAA